AUGCUGCCCACACCCGCUGUCCUCGUGCUCUUCGCCCUCUGCGGCGCCACCUGCUUCGAGAUGCUGCCACAGGAGGGCGCUCCACGACGGGCACGUUUCUCCACAAACAGCGCCACUGAUGUUGCCAGAUGUUUAAACGGUGCUGUUGCUGUGGGCUGUGGGUUCUUCUCCUGUCUGGAAAAUUCAACUUGUGACACAGACGGGAUGCAUGAAAUCUGUGAACUCUUCCUCCACACUGCUGCUACCUUCAACACCGAGGGUAAAACCUUCGUGAAGAGAAGCCUGCACUGCAUCGCUCAAGGAAUCUCAGCAAAGGUUUUCCAAACAAUCCGCCGCUGUAACGUGUUCCAGAGGAUGAUUGCCGAGGUUGAAGAAGAAUGUCUCACCAGUCUCGAUAUUUGCACGGUGGCUCGUACCAACCCUGAUGCCAUUGGCGAGGUGGUGCAGAUUCCCACUCACUUCCCGAAUAGGUACUACAGCACACUGCUGCAGACUCUGCAGGCCUGUGACGAGCAGACGGUGGAGGCGGUUCGAGCCGGCGUCGUCGCCAGGCUCGGCCCAGAUAUGGAGACGUUCCUACAGCUGGUUCAGAACAAACCCUGUGCACGGGGCCCCGAAGCCGCCGCCUUCAACAGCCCCGCCAGCUGGAGACACAUGCCCGUCUUCAACAUCCAGCCCAGCUCCCAGGGCAGAGACCCCACCCACCUGUUUGCCCGCAGGUCUGUGGAUGUCGUGGACGGAAGGGCCAAGAAAUAGAAGAACACACGCAUCUUCUGCUCUCAUUAUUCUCAUUCUGAUUUUAAUAUGUCUUACUAAGUGGAACAAUA